AUGCUGCUGCUGCUGCUGCCGCUGCUGCUUCUCACACCGAUUCCUCCCCACUGGCUUCAGGUUCCUCCUUCUCGGGUGCCUUUCGGGUUCAGUGCCCGAGAGCCGCUGUCUGCGAAUGCCCCUUGCGACGUUGCGAUCAGGAUGUGCGUGGUGGGCGUGUGCCUAGUUGGAGAGUCUUGGUGGACGGCGAGCAGGUCGCCGGAUUCGUCUGCUAGUGUGGAGCCCGAUGCAGUCGGGGUAUCGGCCAAGGGAAUGAGGUGUGGGAAACGAGCAGGGAAUAAGGUAGGAAGCCUGUGGCGCUCGACCGAGGAACGGAUGGUCUGA